AUGCUAUGGAGCGACUUUGAGUCGCCACUGUGUGACCUUUCGGGAUUCGGUGGCCAAGCAGCGAUGGGGCCGAUCUUGUUUGCCCAGGCCACGGCAGUCCACUAUUACGGUUCCGUGUACUACGGGCUGACGGAGGAGAUGGUGCAGCGCGGUGGCAGCACCUUCUCCAUUCAGUUGUCCAUCCCAACGUUUCCGAAAAACAUUACACUUGUUCGUUCCAUCAUGGUCUCCAUCCUGACAGACAGCGUGCGCCUCGUGGACGACACGGGGACUGCCGUGCACCCCCCGAGGCACUCGGCUCACGGAGAGGCGGCGGCCCAUGAGUUGAACCGCACGAAUGCGUGGCCAUGGUGGCGCCGCCUCGUAGAGGAUAUUCUCGCCCAUAGUACGAUCGAGGUGAGUCCCAACGGAGAUGCCGUGAAAGUGACGUUCGCAGGCAGGAAGUGGGUGUUGCCGGCGCACACGUCAGCGCUCAUCAUCCCCUGCCUGCCCUUUUCCUUGUUUGAGCAACUGGGCAGACUUGGGCUACAGGACUUGCCGAACAACUGCCUCGCUGGAGACGCUUUCCUUGUGAGCAAGAAAUUGCUUCUGCAGCUGGAUGAGGCGCGGUGGAACCCGCCGCCGGAAAUGUUCGUCACCGGCGGGUCCAUCUCCAUUCCUCUCACCGGCGCCGCCAGCACCGUCUCUGACAAGUUCGCGCUGGAGCGGCAGCUGCGGGUGAUGGAGGGGCACACGUGCCUGCACACGCGCAGCGCCUUUGUGCGCGGCAGCCACUGGGACAUCCACGAUAACGUCUAUCGCUUUACCCCCCAUCGUGGCGGGGUGCAGACCCUCUGCUACACGCCCUAUCCAGACACGCUGCCAUUUCUGUGCGUGAAGUUGAUGAGCUCGUACGAGGUGGCGGGUCCGGAAGGGGUCUCGACGGAUCCGCCCCAAGUGCACGCAGACUUGGAGUUCACCGGUACCAUCUACGGCACCAACUUGACGGAGCGUGACACAGCGGUCAUCACGGAUGAGUUGUGCAGCGACUUCACGUCUGAGAACGUCUUCUUUGUCGACCUCUUCUUCAGCAGCAGCUCGCGCGUGAGCUUCUUAGGUACAUUCCACAAGCGAGGCAUCUACCACGUGUGCUACCACCGCGAAGGCUCUCCGAUGUACGUGCGGGUGUCAACGUUACUGGUAGAGCGGGGCGCGGAUGUCGUGAUCGACAGCGACAGCCCGAAUGUACUGAUCGACCAAGAUGUCAAGUUGCUGCAGUCUGCCUCAGUCACGCGACUCAACGUCCAGGAUAGGGGAAGCCUCAACCUGCGCCAGCGCAGCCUGAACGUGUCGCACUUCGUCUGGUCUGGCGGCAGCAUCUCUGGUAAAGGCCUUAUCAACUGCACGGGUUACUCAAAGAUCACCACCCAAGGCUACGAGACGCGGCAGCUGACCGUGCCGCUCUACAACUACGGCGAGAUGACGAUUGACGUGCAGCGACUGUCCAUGGAGCUGGAGGGGGCGAUCCACAACUACGGCAACCUGACGCUUGCCGUCUCGAGCAUGGGAGCGGACAGCAUCAGCAGCGUUCGCUCUUCUGAGCGGCACAACGCGAUUACGAACUACCCAGGCGGCGUCAUUCGCAUCAUCGCGCUUGACGAGCGCACCUACGCGCUGCUCACCGGCCGCUUCGUCUUCCAAGGUGGGUCAGUGGUGCUGUUAGGCAAGGUCAACCUCACCGACGCCUCAAGCUUUGAAGAGUCGACUGUGACGCUAAAGAGCGGAACUUUUCUCACGGCCUACAACGUUCAUCUUGGCGGCACAGUAGUGGUGGAGGAGAUGUCUGUUCUGACGCUGAUGAGAGGGUGCGUCUUUGUUUCAGCGACCGUCUCGGGCGAUGGUGUGGUGCGGCUCUUGGGCGAUGAUGUGGUGCUCAACUCGCUCACGAUGAAGGGCACCAUUCGCGCUCUUUUCGGCGUCGGACUGGUUGACCCGAUUUCUGUCGUCGUCUACGGCACUUCGCAGUUUGGCGAAGACACCCUCGUGCACGUGACAAACGCCAAUUUCGUGACAUCCAGCGUGCUUGCCAAGGUGGUGUUUCAUGGUCGCCUCCUUGCCGACCUUAUCACCGUGCGUUUCAUCGGCAACAUGAUUCUGCAGGUCAGCGGUGUGGCUGCGCUAUACGGCAACAUGUCCGAAGAUGCCCUCAACUUUCACCGCACCUUCACCAAGCUGGCAGGCUACUCACUGCCGCUCACCACAUCGUUCUUUGUACCGGCAAACGCGACGAUGUUUGUGAUUGACACCUCUCGCCUGGACGAGGUGGUUGACCUCAGCACGCGUGACGACGCGGCCACUGUGAAGGACAUCGUGCCCUCGCUCGAUACCUUCAACAACACUGUCGCUAGCGACCCGGCGGUCGUGGUGACGCAGGUGUGUGAGGUGUAUCUGCCGAUGUCGCAGCAUCUGGAGAUGAGGGGACGGCUUGUGCUGCGCGGAUGUGUGCAGGCGCCGUCGGGCGGCACGAUCAACGGCGCAGUACUGAAGUUAGAGGACCCGGCGGACUGGGCGCUGCUGCACGAGACUUUUUGCAUUUUUUCCGAGUUGGAGACGCUGUCGCUUCUAUGUCGGCACCACCUUCGCAUCGCUCCUCCCUUGCAUAGCGGUUUGGCGCUCGGCGAAAAAGUGUAUCUACGCAGCUCCGCGUCUUUCUCCCUCGAUGAGAUUGCCCUCAUUCACAGUCACACGCGUGUCCCCGACCCUGUUCCCAUAGUCGCCAAAGACACAAUUAUCGUGCGGGCUGGCUCAACCCUUUCCCUAACCCAUGGCAUGGUGAUGGCGCGUCACAUCAUCAUCGAGGGCACUCUUGUCGUGAACGACCCGCGAAAUACCGUUCUGAAGGGUCUGGUGGAGGUGAGGGAGGAGGGCAUCAUCGAGCUACACGGUGUUUCGGCGGGGUCGUGCAUCAACGAGCUUCUGGUAGAGGGGCGCCUCUACCUCGCGCCAAACGCGCGAGCGUUGCACUUCCGCUGCCUGAGCGCCAGUGAUGACGACAUCGCCGCCGAGGACAGCGACACGGCACAGGCCAGCCUGGACGGCACGGACACCAUCAAGUCGGUGGACCGUCUCGACGCGCAGCUGCGCAAGAGAGCCCUGGCGAACCUCCGGCCUGACAUGACGUGUCCAGAUGACGUCAUUCUCGAUUACGACUCACGCCGCCAAUUCAUUAACGUCUACUGGAUGCGCCAGGCGUACGACCCGCCAGCUGAUCAGCCUACGCGGCAAGACAUGAUGUGGAUGACGUUCUUCGGCAUCGCCUGCUGCUUUGGCACGUUUCACAUUCUGUUGAGUAUGUGGGGGUACACGUACAAGAAAUGGUGGAACGACGUGCGGUCGCCGUGUCCAUUGCAGCUCACGCUGACGUGGGACGAGCUGAGCUACAGCGCCAUCAACUACCUCUCCUUCUGCAGACUCAUCAUCAUCAACUUUCUGAACGCCAUGGCCGCCUUUCACCCAGGGCUGCCAGCACCGUUGCCAUCGGUGGCCGGCAUACUUAUGCGCGGGAUGGGUCUUCUCAUGCCGCACCACCAGACGCCGAUCAGCCGUUCCCGAAAGGUCGGUCUCUUCUACAUUGUGUGGCUGUUGGCAUUUCUCUACGUGAAAAAGCGGGGCAGCUGGCUGAUAUCGUACCUGCGCCGCAGGCAGCCAUUUUUACUGGACGUUGUGCAGAAGCUCUACACGGUGCUGACCAUUCUCAACUUCAUUUUUUUGGGACCCCUCAUGUCGUCUGUGGUCGAUGCGAUUGCGUGGCCGACCCUGUUGCGCAAUGUGCCUACAUACGAGCCGAUGCGGCAGGAUAUUUGGGUCGCCAUCUCUGUCAUCUCCUUCUUGUCGAUGGGUGUCAUGACACCGUCGAGCAUACUGACGAACCAGAUCCUCAUCCCUCACAUGGAUCUUAGAGUGCGAGCGUCGAACAUGUUUCUGCACUUCUCAACGCAGAUGUGGGAGACAGUCAUGUGGAAGGUCUUCUACAACAACCCAAUGUGUGUAGUCUUCAACUGCAUCUUCUUUCAGCUAGUGCGGCUCACCUUUCUGUGGCGCUUCCCGGGGACGCCGUACAAGAACGUGAACAGGUUUAUGUUCUCCCUGUCACUGCAGUCCUUCUACGUGUACCUCUCGCUCACCGUGUAUGCGGCGCUGGUGCGCAGCGGGGUGUACACGAGUUGCACACAAGGCACGACCAUGUUCCGCGUCGUCGCGGCGGCGCUCGUCAUCUCACUCUUUAUCAACUUUUGGCGGAACGUUCUCUUUGUGCAGGAGCAGACGACGGCCACCGGCGACGUCUCUAUUGACGCCCUGCGCUGCUCCAUGUUACAGAUUCGCAACCGCAUUCAUGACCUAAAGUUUGAGGUGUACGCCUGCGUCGACCCAAUCGAGCGGGAGAACAUCCUCAACGCCAUUGCCCGGAUGCGGAUCGAGUACCUGGAAAAGCAGGAGCGCUACCGCUUUGAGAUACAUCGGCUGCUGCGGCCGUUUAUCUUCAGCGGGAGCGACUUUGACGGUGAUACACCCCUGCAGUCGCACAGCAGCGUCGCUUCGUACAGCAACGAUUACGGCAACGACGCAUCUAAUGUAGCACCGGCCAUGUCACACAACACACAGCAUAGUAAUCUCCUCAGCGUAGAGGAGAUGGAGACGUUCAGCUGCGGUCCUGCGCUGGGCAAAGGCAGCUACGGCACGGUGCACCUCGGCAUUCUCACGAACGGCAAGCUGGUGGCCGUCAAGUACGUGAGCGUUGUCAGCCAGAGCCCCGAGGCGCUGGCGAGUGUGAAGGCGGAGGUAAACAUGCUACGUGAGCUGUCUCACCCCAACAUCAUCCGCUACUUUGGGGCACAUACAAUCCAAGACACGAUGCUGGUGUUCAUGGAGUUUGCCGUCGGCGGCAGUUUGACCUCCAUUGUGCGCAAGUUCACGCACCUCACGGAGCCCGUUAUGCAGCUAUACACGUUCCAGAUCUUGAAAGGCCUUCAGUACCUGCAUGACAAGGGCGUUGUGCACCGCGACAUCAAGGGCGAGAAUAUUCUCAUCGACGGCUAUGGCGUGGCAAAACUGGCGGACUUUGGGUGCAGCAAGUCGCUGGCGAACAUCGCAAAUGCCAGCCAGGAGGGGUGUGGCACACUGGUGGGGUCACCGUUCUGGAUGGCACCAGAGGUGAUUCGGAGCGAGGCUUAUGGCACCAAAGCGGACAUCUGGUCCGUCGGGUGCACCGUUGUUGAGAUGCUCAACGGUGGCGAACCGCCGUGGCGAGAGGAAUUCGACAACGUUUACUCUGCCAUGUUUUACGUGGGCUCAACAAACGAAAUCCCACAGAUACCAGAGGAGACAUCCGACCCGUGCCGCGACUUCCUCUUCCUCUGCUUCGAGCGGGACGUGAUGAAGCGAGCCUCAGCGGACGAGUUGCUUCAGCACCCGUGGCUGAAGUCGGCUGCUGCGGCGUCUCACUCAGUGGACACCAGCGACAACUUCUUGUCCUUUUCGUCUAUGUCGUCCCCGUUGCCCAGGUCAGUAUACGACGGACACCGAUCAGCAGGUUUCCCGCGCAACACCCCGGACAGCUCUCACGAGGACCUGACACUCCUCAUGAACGGCAGCACCACUUGA